GUUUCCUUUUUCAUUGGACAGGUUCCCAAACACAGCGAUCAAAGGACAAAGACGAAGCGCAGCACUCGUACUGCCUCCGCUUUUAAAGAGCGAGUUGGCAGAGCGUGCCUCCCACAUGCAGGCGGGACACAUCAGACUGCAUGGUGGACUCAGGCGAUGAGGGAACCAGUGGAACGUGAAUGUCUGGAAUGUUCUGCGUUUAACUGCUGCGAUGAUGGCACGUUCCCUGUAUUUUCUUCUACUCCUGGCGGCUCACAGUGUGUCAGCUGUUCUUACAGAGAGACACUACAUGUUCCACAUCCACAGUGUUCACUUCAAUCCUUUACAGAAUGCCUCAGUGAGGUACUUAGAGCGAUCUGCUAGCAUCCUGCUCGAUGGUAGACACAUGCAGUACUACAGUGACGGGAAAACCAUGGCUUCUGCACAGAUGGAAAAGUCUUGGAGGAGUAGAACCAGAGGGCAGACAAAGAAGCAGACACCACAAAAGGAAUUUGAACAUUUCAGCCACCUUCUGGAUAUCGGUUCUAAUGAAACUCAUCACUAUAUGAAGAGAAGUGGCUGUGUGAUCGAAAGAUCCUCUAGUGGAAACGUGACCUUACUGAAAAGUACAGUUGAAUACAGACACAAUGGGACGGUCAUCCUCUACUUCAACGUUCACAAAGACCAUUGGGUAGCAGUGGACAGAACUUUCCUACCAGUGAAAAUGCAGUGGGACAGUUCAUUCUCCCUUUACCAAAUCACAAAGAACUAUCUGCUGCAAGGGUGUGUGGAGAUGCUCCUCAAAUACCUGGAUGCUAAGGACAGAAAUGAGAUCUCAGAAUCUGAAGUCUUGAUGUUCUUCACUGGGAACAUGCCUGAACCGUGGCCACUUCGAGAAGGAUAUUGGUCAUUCUUACUCAUAAUGUUCUUGAGCGUGUCUAUUUUGAUAGUUUGCAAUCUGCACAGACGAAGGAAGUGUCUCAGAUGUGCUCUCUGCUCUUAUUUGAAAGUGUCACUCAUCACUGGAGCCAUUCGUUCAGCUCUGUUAUGUUUUACAAAAAGGAGAACAAAACCUCCAGCCGAGGACAGUGCCGACGAUGACAGCGAGGAUAAAGACAAGGAUAAUGAUGACGGUGGUGGUGGUCAGGACUGCAGUAAGGACAGACUGAUUGAAAAUGGGCUAUAGAAUUCCAAGGAAGAUCUCCCACACAGUCCAGAUAUGACUUGUCUUUUUUCCUGAAAAACCUGUUUCUUUUGUAAAUUUAUGUGAAAUCUCCAGAAGAAUAGAUUAACCACCUCAGAUGCAACUGUGUGCAAUAGACCGAAUUGUAGGCUUGUAUUCAUUCAGCUUCAUAUGUUUCACUGGCGUCCGAACAAAAUCUCGUGUCUCCAAAAUGGUCAUUUUACUGGAGAAGGAAAAAACCCACUUUAGUGUUAAUGUAAGUCAAUGGAACCAGACUUUUUCCAUGUCUUUUUAGUUUC